GAACAUCAGCGAUUUGAUCUUCAAAAGGCUUAUGUGCGAGAUCCGAGGGAUUCUUCCUUCGAACUCGUAAUAAACGGUACUGACUGGGUUGUGCACAUUAAUUUCACUAAACAUCGUCAGGAUACUGCCUUCGUACUUCGAAAUCUAACAAUUAAUCAUGGAGAUGAAACUUAUUCGGCAGAUUCUUCACCGAAGUUCAUGACAUCUCUAUCAAAAAUGUUUGUGUGCUCAUCUCAGAUCGAAAUCCCAUUGGACAAUGGCGUCUUGCUCUCUCUGGCAAAUAUUACCUUACAAGCCUUUAAUCUCCAACAUACAACUGAAACUGAGAUUUGUCCUCGCGACAUGAAGGCUACUUUUCCGGUGACUCAGUUGACGGGUGCUACUCUGGGAAUCGUGAUUGGAGGUGCAAUUGUGGCUUUGGCUGGCGUUGCUGUUCGAAAGCACUUUCGCUCGAAGAACGAACGCACACCUAACAUUAUGUGGUGCGUCAACCCGGCGCGUAUGGUUGUGGACGCCUCUGGAAAGGCGCAAGAGAAGGAAGGCAGGGAGGCGAUAAACCAAUGCUUGAAGUCUCUUCAGGCCUCUGGCUAUAUAACAAAUUCUACAUACGAUCAGAUUUGGCUCUCGACCCCAUCUUACCGAUAUCUUGGCUUGUGUCCACACGAUGCAGCUAUGGUGGGCAUGCUGCUAGAAAUGCAAGCGCACCUCAGUUUCCUCUACGCUGGAAAAGACGGGCGGUUGGGCUGUCAGAUUGUUUCACUUGCACCACCUACGAAUACUUCAUCCGGCUUCUCUGUCGUGACCCCGAGGAACGCCUCGCGUCCAAUACACGCUGAGGAGGUGGAGGCGAAAAGAGAACUCAAUUACACCAGUUUAGCGAUAAUUUCAGACGAUGGUAUGACUUUUUGUGGCAACAGAACUCGAAAGAUGGGUAUUUAUUUGGAUCCCGCUGGAGACGGCGUCCCCUGGGUGUUGGAAUUUACGUGGAGUCGUAAGCCUGAGUACUAUGAAGACGGAGAGGUAGGGUGGAGUAGUGUGGGUGCCCAUCUUGGAGCACUCUCUGGUACCUUCGGUCUCACUGAAAUCCAACUUACGUACAGUCUCUCCUCAUUAUCCAUUCUCCAAGCGGCUAUCGGUAGCAAUGAAGUCGUAGCAACAAGCAAAAAUUUGGAUCGAUUUCGUGCACGAGCUGGAGACUUUUACCAAUGCGCCUCCAGCAGGCACAUUGUCCUCACAUCAUUCCUGAAUGCUUCCAAGGAGAAGUUUAUAAAUCGAACUAGAAACCAAGGCAUCUCCUUUAAUGAUACAAACGUAGUCUACGUCGUCCUCACCACACGCCACAUUAAACUUCAGUCAUUCGGAGAUUUCAAUCGGAACAGUUUUACCGGAGCGGUUCUGACUCGCUUAUAUGAUCGCGACAAGGAACUGCAGUCUUAUGAACUGGAAUACUGCAAAAUGACUAACAAGGGCCUCUUACCUUCAGCUUCAACUCCCAUUCGAAGGGAUGAAAUGAAAGUCCUCAGCAGGAAUUGCACAUUACCAGUCUAG